GGUGUGCAUAGCAGUUAGUGAGUACUACCACCACCACAACACUAAUUAUUGAGCAUCAUUCUUGUCAUCCUCACCACCGUCGUUAUUGCACCAAACCAGCCCCAGUCGUUUCACACCAGCGCUUAUAUUCGGCUACAUUCCUCCGUACGAGACGCGGGGAGAAGAAGCACAGACAGAGACAUACCUUGACACGCCUGCGGCGGGGUCGUCACGAGGCACAGAGGAGAGGAGUAGGAAGAGGAGGAAGAGGCUGCUACGAAAUAUCAUUUAAUCCUCUAGUACCCUCGCUGGCACUACUGCCGGCCGUAGUGGCCCCCUUUUCGCCAGUAUGGCCAUGUUUGAACGGCGUUCGUCCAUGGAAGAUCUGAAUCGAUGGCGGACCCAGUCCCCCUCCGGCUCCGAGCGACGAAAGCUCUCCUUCAAUCCCGUCGGAGAGUGGUCCGACCCAGCGACACAAAUCAAUCCUCCCGUGGCUGCAAUCGAGGUUAGCAAGAGCAAGCGAAUCGCCCAGGUGGUGGUGGCGGUAUUGUACUGCUUGACCGCAGCAGGAGUCGUGUUUGGAUUCGCGGCCAUCAAGCCCGUCUUCAUCGACGAGGGAGUAUACCGAGACUCGUGUACGGCGGAGGAGCGGGAUGCAGAUGUCUGGGUGUGCUAUGGACAAGAGCUGCGGUUGAACUUGAUGUUCACUGUCGCUGCCGUCUCCACCAACGUGUGUGCGUUGCCGGUAGGCUGGGUGCUCGAUCGCUUUGGCCCGCGCAUCGCCAGUAUAAUGGGCUGUAUAUUCCUGUUGGUGGGAGCCCUCUUUCUCGCGUUUGCAGCGGACUUGUCGCAUGCCUUUGAUGCCUACAUUCCCGGCUAUCUCUUCCUCGCACUGGGAGGGCCAUUCGUCUUCAUCUCCUCCUUUCAGCUGAGCAAUACCUUCCCACAGCACUCCGGCCUCAUUCUCGCCCUCCUCACGGGAGCCUUUGACACGAGUAGCGCCGUCUUCCUGCUCUACCGCCUCCUCUACCAGCACACCAAUGCGGCCUUUAAUACCAAAAAGUUCUUCUUGCUGUACCUGAUUGUCCCGAUCCUGAUCUUGAUCGCACAGCUCACCAUCAUGCCGGGCGUAUCCUACAAGACAGUCGGCGAGCUCGUCGAACAGGUCGAAGAUCCUACCCACGACAUUCACGAUUCCGACUCGGACAUCUCAGAUGACUACGAGCGCGUCACUCGUCAGACCUCCCGCCGCGAACACCGCGAAACCAUCGCCACGGAGAUUGACAGCCUGCUGGGAUCCAAGGAUGCCGCGCAGACCAUUACCAAGCAAGAAGAAGCGAAAGCGCAGACUUCUGGCGUCUUUGGGGCCAUGCAUGGCAAAACCGUCCUGCAACAGAUUGGGAGCCCCUGGUGGAUUCUCAUUACCGUCUUCACCGUGGUGCAAAUGCUCCGCAUCAACUACUUUGUAGCCACCGUACGGACGCAGUACGCGGAGAUGUUCCACUCGUAUGCCAAAGCGGUCCAGGUCAACGACUUCUUCGACGUCGCCUUACCGCUGGGAGGCGUCAUCUCCGUCCCCUUCAUCGGCUACGUACUCGAUCACACGAGCACGCCGUUUACUCUCGGUCUUCUCGUGACCAUUGCAACUGCCAUCGGUGCCUUUGGUCUAGUCGAGAGCAUGUGGGCAGCCUACGCCAACAUCAUCCUAUUUGUCGUCUAUCGCCCAUUGUACUACACCGCCGUCUCCGACUACGCCGCCAAAGUAUUUGGAUUCCAGACAUUCGGAAAAGUCUAUGGAGCCAUCAUCUGUCUAGCAGGACUGUUCAACUUCACGCAAGCCGCACUCGACGCAGCCACGCACAAGACAUUCCACAACGACCCCCGGCCCGUCAACGCGAUUCUGCUCGGAGUCGCGCUGACCGUCGGCAUCGUGCUCGUCACGUAUGUGUGGCGCAAAAGUGUUACAUUGCAGAAAGACUUGAUCAAAGAGGAGGCGGAAGAGGCUCGAGAGAGGCUCAUGCCGGGAGCCAAUGGAAUGGAUGUAAAUCGACCGCAUGGACACGAGACGUAUGGCACUGCAUGAUGAGACUGUAGUAGUACAUGUAGUAUCUCACAUGCAUAUAAAAAAAGGGCCAUGGGUGGGGAGAAUCAUAAAAAAGUUUUUCUUCUUUUUGAGCAAGGCGUUGGUGGGCAGGUAAUCCAAUAGUAAGUGUCCCGACAAAUACAAAAGGUAUUACUCC